UCUGGCCGAUGAAAGGGCCCAAAUGGCCAGCCGAACCUAAAUCCAUCAUCCAACAUUCAGGGUACCUUCCUAACCCUGAACCCUAAUUCCACUUGCAAAUCUCGUCCCCAUAUUCCAAACUGUUAUCUACAGACUACCAGUGACCACCCCACGGAUUUAGCCACGGGUUCGAGACAGAGUGUUUUGCCCCCUGUCGUUGGCAGCCGCAGAGUACAUACGGGUAUGUAGGAUUUCCCCCCCGCCAGAACGAUCACCAUCUGCAGCCUGCAGCCUACAGGGAUCGCGCGCGCGCGGCAGGGCGACCGACCGACGGAACGUUGGCGCCGGCUUAAGGCCACAGUAACUAGCUUACCUAUGGUAGUUACUCUGGGUAGAUAGCUGUCAAUCGUGUCCAGCUUCAACCUCACCCACCUUCAGCCAACAGCGGAAAGCACAACAUCGCAUUGUCACCGAGAUGUGGGCACCACUGCAAUGCUUGCAGAUGACGAUUCUCCUCAGCAGUGUAGCGCGGGGCUUCUUCGUCGCGCCGUCAACAACGGCGCUGCGCCGCCUCUCGCGGCCGUCCGACUCCGACUUCGAUGUGCACAGCGGCGCGCUGCUCGCGCCGAUCCUGAUCCCGCGCGUCCCCGGAACCCCAGGCUCACUCAAGGUGCUGCGGCACUUCCAGGACUUCUUUGGCAACUCCCUGCCCGACUGGAGCGUCACCACGCAGAACUCGAGCUACACUACCCCGCUGUCAAAGGGGAAGAAAAUCCCCUUCGUCAAUUUCGUGGCUACGAAGGAUCCGCCCUGGGUCGCCCCCGGUGACGUCGGCCGUCUAGUCCUCGUAGCUCAUUAUGAUUCGAAGCUCACCCCAGAGGGGUUCAUUGGCGCUACGGAUUCCGCGGCCCCGUGCGCGAUCAUCCUCCAGGUCGCCCGCUCGAUCGAUGCGGCCCUGACGAGGCGCUGGAAGAAGCUGAAGGAGGAGGGGGAUGAAAUGGCGAUGGAGGAGGAGCGCGGAGUUAUGGUGCUGCUGUUGGACGGCGAGGAGGCGUGGCAGAGCUGGACGGACACGGAUAGUCUUUACGGGGCGCGCGAUCUCGCGCAACACUGGGAAUCGCAAUACCACGCCCCGCUGUCGGCGCGGAAGACACAUCUCGCCAACAUCGACCUCUUCAUCCUGCUGGACCUGCUUGGCUCAGCCGCGCCCAAGAUCCCCUCCUACUUCCCGACCACGCACUGGGCGUACACGGGCUUCGCGCACCUCGAGCAGCAACUGCGCGCCGAGGGGCUCUUCGCCUCGCACAAGGCGAACCCGGGCAGCUGGUUCCACGAGGUCGACAAAGACAAGGGCCAGUGGUACGGCGGGAUGGUGCAAGACGACCACGUGCCGUUCAUGCAGCGCGGCGUCGAGGUGCUGCACAUCAUCCCCUCGCCGUUCCCCCGCGUCUGGCACGAGAUGAUCGAUGAUGGUGACCACCUCGAUAUGGACACCGUCAAGGACUGGGCAGUGCUCACCACGGCUUGGAUGGUCGGCGCGCUGGGCCUCGAGGAUUAUUUGGAGAGCCCAGCACCGGCCCCCGGAAGGAGAGGUACGAAAACGGAGCUGUGAUCCGUGAGCCGCUGGAGAGAGGCUGAUGCGCGUGCGUGCUGGACUUGUAGGAUAGUAAAUAC